AAAAAAGGGGUUCCGCUCGUGCGGGAAACUUGAAUGUCAGUGUGAACAUAACCUCCAAAUUGAGUGUUUUCUUUUUAUUUUUGAGAAAUUAUGAGGUAGAUUUUCUUGUGUGUUUUUUUUGCCAUUUUAUUAUCACAUCGUGCGCUUCUUUUGCAUUACAUUCAUCCACACGUCUUUAGUGAUUCCAUCUCACCCAUCAUCUGCUUGUGAAGCAAUCACGUGCCAUUUUCCUGUAGAAAUAUAAAAAAAUAAAUAAAAGAAAAUCAUGGAAUCAUUGGCUGAACGCUUGCGAGUUUCUUUUCAAAGUGAACACCAACCGACUGUUUUCAUCGUCAAGGAAGUCUACGAUGAUGGGAAUGCCCAGGAGAACUUUGAAUCAGAGCUCGAUAAGGCUCUCUAUGCCAGAUUCAAGUACAUCAUAAUUGAACCCCCGCGUCUAGGAGAGGAAACCGCCAGAUGGAUCACAGUUGGAAAUUUGCUGCACAAGACGUCUGUUGUGUCGGGAAUUGCGUCCAUUGCUACGGGAUGUUUGUUGCCUAAACGUUUUAUCAUCACUUUCCCACUUUGUGUUGUAUCAAUCAUUUUUACGAGCCUUUAUACCGUCUCGUGGCACUACGACCCAUGCUGUCAGUACCAGGUGGAGAAGGAUCGCAAAACUCUCGAAAGGAUCACAAUGCAGGGCAAAGAUACGGCACUUCCGGUUGUUUUAGUUUACUCCGAAAACACCGUGCAGUGCUAUGUGCAGCGAACAGUCACAAUUUUGGCUGCUGCCUUUUGCGCCUGGCGCUUCUAUGUGUCCUUAAAGUGAAAAGGCUGCCCUUUUUGAUGUUUUUCAACAAAAUGAGAGGAGUUUUGCAUGCGAUUUCUCUCUCUGGCGUUUCCCGGACAAUUUAGAGAGUGAUGAGGAGGAAUCUUUGUUCAAUUUAUCUUUUAAUUAGUCUUUUUAAAGAUUUUUCUUGAGCAUUACUUUUUUUUAUUCAAAAUAACAACAUAAAAAACAGUCCAAAUAGUGAUUUUCUCUUUCCUCCUCGCAUUUUCUUGCAACUGAAAUCUUUUUAAUUCAGAAGAAAAUGUCCCUGAGAGAGGUUUAGAGAGAGAGUUUAGGAGCAAUAACUGUUGUAUGGGUGGAUUGUAGUGUCUGCGUAGGAUGUUUGUUUUAUUUUUUAAAUAAAUUUAAUAAUUAAAUAGGUUUGAACAUGAAAAAGGAAAGAUAUAAAAGAAAAUCUCAGCAUAGAAAAUGCAUUUAAAAAAAUCACAAAAAUUUAGGCUGCAACGAGGAUGUAGUUUUUAGUAAAAAAAAAAGGAAAGAAAGAUAAUUUUUAGAAGAUGCGAAAAAAAGGAUUUUUAUUAGGAAAAAAAAUGUUCUCGAAACUGUGACAAGUAAAAGACCAUGCUAUUCAUUUUGAUUUGCAUUAGUUUAUUAUUGUUUAAAUUAGGGAGAUUUUUUCGUUGUUGAAAGAAGGUGUUUUAACAAGUCACGCGUUUAGAGUGAAAAAUGAUAUUAAACAAAGAAGAAGAGAAAAAUGGAGAGAUCUUGUUUUUUUUUUUUUGUAGAAGCAACAGAAGAGUCUCCAUUUUUUUUAAAAUUAUUUUAUUCUUUCCGACGAUUUAGUCAAACAUUGUUAUAGAGAAAAUCUUGGACUUUCGUCGUGCAGAAGAAUGGCAAAGAAGCACAAGAUUUAGGCAUGUAAGAAAAGAAUUAUUAGUUCCAGUCAAUGAGAAAAUUGUUAAGUAAAAUAUAGUGAGAGGUGAUAUACCUGAAAA